UUCUGUGAUUGUGAUCAGAGCUUCCUCACACUUUUGAUUUCGCCCUAAUGCCUUAUUUUGUCUUAUCACGACGGAAGCUUGGGAGGAAUGAGGUUUAGCCUCAGUCUUAUAUAUCUCUUUUCAUACAACUUGCUUCAGUUCUGUGGGCACACAUGGAUUUUCACGAAUAUGACAGCCAGAUUUCUCUCUUUUGGGGAAGAUGCCCAGGCCGGCACCUUUUAUUUUGUAGGUGUUACGAUGGGUGUUUGUCAGCUUCUGUCUUUGUUAGAACUGUUUCACAUAGCAGACGGUUUUGAGGAGUGCAGACUUUUCCCUCGCUUUAUGCAGGUAAUGGAGAGAAAUGUCCUUCUGUUUCUCCUCAUCAGUCUGGAAGAGUUUCGGAAUAAACCAAUCGUGUGUGUGCAGUUUUAUCUGUGGAAUAUACUGGGCCUUCUAAGGUAUCCACACGAGUUAUUUUGCCUCACAGGCACACCGUAUUUGAAAAUGCUGUGGGUGCAUCAAACGCUGUCAGUUCCAGUGUACUUGCUGUCUGCUGUCACAGAAGGAAUAACCAUUGUACAUAUGUUGCCUUACUGGUCUGAGUCUGAAGGGACGGAUCCAGUCCAACCUAAAGAACCUGCAUCGAUGUCCAUUUAUUCCCCAUAUAUGCUUAUGGGCUGGUUACUACUUCUUGUAUUAGGAUCCAGUUUAACAGCACUACUCUUGCUGAAGGAAAGGAAGGAGAUUCUGGGCAGCUGGAUUAAGAAACCGAAGGAAGCCUAACCCAGAGAAGAACAAGAUAUCAGUACUGGCUCAUUCACCAAAGCGAAAUAUUCUAACCAUAGGAGUAUUAUGUUGGCGGGGGAGUGCAUUCCUUAAAUUACAUUUUUAACUAGAAAAAAACAAACAAAAACAAUAUCAGUUUAAAAAAAAACCAUUCUGUUUCAUUCUGAUGUUAUGUUUUUAAAGGACAUGCUACUGAACUACAGGUAAAUCAUGGUACUGAAAGUACCCAUUUGUCCAGCAAAACACCGGUGUCGUGUAAAUGAAUGGCUAAAACGCAUAAAAAAAUCUUCUGUUGAAAACGGUCGCAUAAACGGCUCCUUAGAUAUUAGCAGGUCAAAAACCUUGAUUUUGCUAAAUGUUAAUAAUAUAAUGACACACUCAGUACCUGACCAUAUAAACCCACAAUUUCAACUUUUAAAUGCUGUCAGGGUUAAAAACCCAUUAAACAGUAUUUUAGAACAUUUUGGAGCCAGUAUUGUCUUAAAGCGAACUAAAGAGCCUGGUUAUACAUUAUCGACGGUCAUAAUCAACGCUAAGUUUAAAAAUAUUCGCAGAUUAGCAGUGUCCGGGAGCAGAACACUCUUUAGGCAUGCCUUUAAGAAACCAAGGUCAAAAUAAUAGAAUAAUGUCUUGCCUUUAUAAAUAUUUUUUUGUUCACUGAUCAUUACUGAAACCAGCACACAGUUUGUAUACAUUGUUCUACACCAACACCUACAAAGUAAUUUAAGACAGAUAACAUUUUUAGACAUAAAAUUGAAAAUGGAGACACUUUGUGGAAUGAAAAAAACAAAACAAAACAAAAACAAAUUCACUGUUACUCAAAUAAAUGGUGGGUUAAUGAUGCCAGAAUAUCUUUUAGCACGAGUCAAAUGAACUUAUUGUCAAAUAUUCUAAAUGUAAAUUAAUCAAAACAUUUUCUAAGUCCUUGAUAGAGUCCAACUUACAGAUGGAGGUGGGAAUGUCAGCAGACUGGUGUAAGAAAAAGUUGUUCUAAUGUCACUAACUGUACGCAGCGAGACGUGUGCUGCCACCAAAACAGCAGUGAAUAUUAAAUAAAAGAAUCCAAACAUUCA